GAAGAAGAAAAAAUGUCAGUACUACUUCCUGAAAUAAAAUAUGAGUCUUCUAACAUCUCCAGAAAUGCCCUUGACAGUUGUUUUAUUUUUGAGAGCAAUUGGAGAAAAACAGUUUUUGAAUCACAAAAACUUAAAAAAGACUGCACCACAGCAUUUGGUAUAGGAGAGUUAAAAGAAUCCAUCAAAAUGCCAUAUUUACCAGAAUUUCAAUGUUGUCCAAGAAGUUCAGCUCCACUACAGAUUCCAGAAAGGCAACUGCACUCUGACCCAGAGAUGCUUCCGGUCAGGUUAAAGAAGAUGAAGCCGGUAUACUCAUUGAUGCCACUUAAGGAGAAAUCAAAAGGCUCUGGCUUUCAGGAUCCUAUCCCUGGAGCAUCACCUCAGUUCUUACAGAGACUCUCGAAAAUAGCCCUAUUGGAGAACGACACCGUUCAUCAAGAGAAAAUUAAAAAAUCAAAAAAGGGCAAAAAACGAGACCUCAGAGACUGCUGA